AUGUCAACUGUUACAAAGAAAUUUGUGAACGAUCCAGUAAAUGCUGUUGAUGACGCCCUUAAUGGUUUGGUCAAUGCAACGGAGAACAUCACCUUUGAUAAGAACUGUCGUCGAGUAACUCUACGAGCUGAUUACAUUGACUACUGCGCAAAGGGCAUGGUGGCACUCAUUGCAGGCGGCGGAUCGGGACAUGAACCCUACGCAGCAGGCUAUAUUGGACCUGGAAUGCUUACUGCCGCUGUAGCUGGCAAUGUUUUCGCCUCUCCACCGUCUCGACACGUCAGUGCGGCUUUAAACUCAACUACUACAAAAGGGGGAUCAAUUCUCUUCAUCAUUAACUACACCGGUGAUCGACUUAACUUUGGUCUUGCUGCAGAGCGUUACAAGGCAGCCGGACAUAAUGUGCGGGUAGCUGACGACGUAGCUAUCGACAGUGCUAUGUCGUCAGUUGGGCGGAGAGGUCUUGCUGCUGCAGUACUUGUUCUCAAAGUGGCCGGUGCGAUGGCAGAGUCUGGCAAACACACGGUGGAACAAAUUGAAGCUAUGGCGAAACGCAUUAAUGACCAUGCAGAUAAGUAUCCUCUUAUUCGCACCAUGGGUGUCUCCCUAUACCCAUGCAGUGUACCAGGGCACGGCAAGAUGUUCGAAAUGCCAAACAAUAUGAUGGAAGUUGGGCUAGGUAUUCAUGGAGAGCCUGGUUGCCGUCGAGAAAUUGUACGUGAUGCACAUCAAAUUGUGGAUAUGGUUAUGUCGAGGUUACAGGAAACAGUUCAGUUCAUAAAAGACGAAGAAAUAAUACUUCUCAUCAAUAACCUUGGUGGUGUAUCUCAAAUAGAGAUGAGCGUCAUCAAAAGCGAAGCUAUAAAAUGGUGCCGUGAAAAAGGCACCAAAAUCGCACGUAUUCUUUGUGGGCCCUAUAUGACCUCAUUAGAUGGACAUGGAAUCAGCCUAACUGUAUUACGAGUAUUCGACAAAGAACUGCUGAACUACAUCGACGCACCAACGCUUGCGCCAGGAUGGAAAGCAGCAGAGAAAAUCGGUAAAUUAGAGGAGGCACCCCAUAAAGGUUGCAUAAUUACACUAGAGCCAGCAUCAAAAGGAGCGCAAUUCACAAAAGUAGUUUCAGAACAGACCGAACUAGCUAAAAAGUGCCUGUCUGCCGUAUGCAGCAAAAUGAAGGAAGUGGAGGCUGAACUGAACGCACUCGACGGUGCUGCUGGUGACGGGGAUUGUGGUUCGACCUUUGCGCAAGCCGCAAGAGCAAUUGAAGAGCGGAUGAAGGACAUGGAAUUCAAGGACAUGCAUCAACUACUGCACAUUCUCUCUGAAGUGUUUGAGCAGGAAAUUGGAGGCACUGGUGGCGCGCUCUACGCUCUUAUGCUUAGCGCAGCUUCCGAAUCAUUCCCAACGUCAAUAACAUCCAAGGAAUUCGCCAGCGCACUCAUGCGGGCAUCCGAAACAGUUCAAAAAUAUGGCGGAGCAAAACCUGGGGAUCGUACUCUGGUCGAUUCAGUUCAUGCGGCUAUCGGAAAGAUCAAGAGUGGAGAGAACAACUGGGAUAUUAUACUUGAGGCGGCUUCGAAAGCAGCUCAAUCUACAGCCCAAAUGAAAGCACGCGCAGGACGAGCUAGCUACACCGCGAAAGAGGUACUGUUGAAAGAUUAG